AGAGGCCCUGCUGAUAAGAGAAGUCUUCACCACUUCGGGGGACUCUUCGUAUGGGCUGCGCAAUCGAUAAGAACGGAAAGCAUAAUUUCUUCGUUUGAGCUUAUAGUUAGCUUAGCUGGCCAGCACCGCACCACCACUAAGCUAGCACAGCGUGGCGUCGAGUUUGGAACUGAUAAAAUAUAGACAGUUAGUGUGCGUUGCUUGAAGAAGCGUCCGGGCUGUGUAUUCCUUUAUUUUUUAUUAAUACACAUGUUAUUCUAAGUGAAAAAAUAUAUUUUCUGUCUUGUUUGAGUUCAGAUGCGAUAGGGACUUCUGAGUGUCAUCGGUUUGUAAGUGAUUAGCGGUAAAGCCUCGCUCAUCAGUUGCUAAUCGAACGUUCCUCCGAACGGAUCUCCACUGAGAACAUAAGCAGGCAGAAAUUAAUAAGGUUUAGUCGAAUCGAACCGAGUUCAGAUUUGAAGUUUUGAAAGUUGUCCUGCAACAAUCCAGAAGUGAGUUAGUUGUGCUUUAGGGUAGUUACGGUAAAACACCUAACAGAAAUCCAUCAACAGAAAUGACUCGUAACUUCGACAUUGAUACGGAUCCGCCAACUCCUGAGCUGCUGGAGGUAGCUCGGAAGGAACUUCGAGAGACUCCGGAACUUCGAGAAGCAUCGAUCAAGGAACUGCGCAGCCUGCUGAAGGAAGCAACCGAUUUGCACUACAAAGAUGACGAUGACUUCCUCUUGAUUUUCCUACGCCCAUGCCAUUUCUAUCCGGAGAGUGCCCUCAAAAUGAUGCGUCGCAUAGCCGAGUUCAAGAAGAACUACAACAACCUGCUGCACAACCUGAUGCCGGAGGACGAGAAGCGUGCCUUCACCGAGCACAACGUGGUCAACGUGCUGGCAAACCGCGACCAGAAGGGCCGCCGUGUGCUGCUGGUCAACUGUGGUGCCCUGUGGGAUCCUAAGCAGGUCAGCUCCGAGCAGCUGUUCCGACUGUUCUACCUCAUCCAUCUGAUCGCCCAGCUGGAACCGGAAACGCAAAUUAACGGAGCCGUCGUCAUUAUGGACUUUGACGGGCUCUCGCUCAAACAGGUGAAGGCUCUCUCGCCAUCGUUCUCCAAGCUGUUGCUGACGUUUAUCCAGGAGGCUCUCCCGUUGCGAUUGAAGGAAGUCCACAUCAUCAAGCAACCCUACAUCUUCAAGCUGGUGUGGGCUCUCUUCACUCCGUUCAUCAAGGAGAAGCUCAACAAGCGGAUGUUCUUCCACGGUGGCGACAUGAAGAAAUUCCACCAGUACGUAAGCCCGGAUGUGCUGCCGAAGAAUUACGGUGGAAGUCUGCCCGAGAUUGACUAUUCCGGCAAGGAUUGGUUCCCGUGCGUGGGAAAAUACGUGGACCACAUUGGCCGUUACAACGAGUGCGGAUUCGUGGCCAAGACUGACUAGAGAGGGAAAGAGAAAGCGACCAUUCCAAAGAGCAACGUGUGAAUGCCGAUAGAGUCGUACCUUAGAAGGAAAGAUGAAAAUUGUGUUCUUAUUGACGAAAGUUUAAAGUUUUUAUACUAUGUUAUGUUGUCUAGUACAAGAUUUUUUGCAUGAGAUAUAAAGAUACCGUACCUUAUCGAAUGUUCAGGAAUUCUCCUUUAUAAUAUCAAAACAGUUUACCAUACUCUUGCCAUUGUUAUUGAGAAAAUAUUUUUAAAUAAACUUAAAGCUACAUUCCAA